CCAGCCUCCGCCGCCCCCCGCGCAGCGAACGGCCGGCCCUUCGCUCGGCCCGCCCCGGCCCCGCUCGCGCCGGGCUUCUGCCGACGUGGCCGGGAGGGGAAAGGCAGGGCGCAGGCAGGGCGCGCCGCAGCCAGCAGCCCCAGCAGCUCGGCGGUGGACCCAAAAAAUGUCAGAUAACAGAGGUGAGACGUUAACUCAAGAGAAAAGUGAAUGCACAUUGACAUCUGAGCAAAACGUCUCAGCAUCCAACAGAGCUGUGCAUGAUGAAAAGAUAAUGGAGAUAUCACCGCAAGUUGGGGAAUCUUCUGAAAGCCCCAACAAGGACUUGGAAGAGCAACAGGCAUCACAUUUGGAAGGUCCUUCAAACGGGCAACAUUCCAGUGGAGAAACAGUUAAGAACGAUGUGAUUGAAUGCAGCGAUUCUAUAAGCCUUGAACCAGAAGUUGGAGCUGAAGGACUGAACAAAGAAAGCGAUUUGGCUUCAGUAUCCAAAGGAAAAGGAUGGACCACUUGGGGGUCCUGGAGCAAGUCCCUUCUUUCAACUGCAUCUGCCACAGUUGGUCAAGGAUUAACAGCAGUGAAAGAAAAAGCUGGCAUUCUACGCAUUCGUACCUCUUCGUCGGCAUCUUCAGAGGGUGGACGUCCAGAAACAUCAGAAAACAGCAUCGCAGAUGUGGAAGAGGAUCCUCAGCAGAAUCUGGAAGAGAACGUGACGUUAUCCUCCUCUCCUUCAGGAUCCCGUGGAGUGCUGUCCACCAUCACUACUGCUGUGCAGAAUACCGGUAAAAGUGUCUUAACUGGCGGACUUGAUGCUCUGGAGUUUAUCGGCAAGAAAACCAUGAAUGUUCUAGCAGAAGGUGAUCCUGGAUUCAAGAAAACCAAAAUUCUGAUGGAACGGACUGUUUCUUUAUCUCAGCUGCUGCGGGAAGCCAAAGAGAAAGAAAAGCAAAGACUUGCCCAGCACGUCACGAUGGAGCCCACGGCACAUUAUGGGGUGCUUUUCGAUGAAUUUCAGGGUUUGUCUCACCUAGAAGCUUUGGAGAUCCUGUCCAAUGAAAGCGAAGCCAAGGUACAAUCAUAUUUGGCAUCUCUUGAAGGAGAGGAACUAGAAGCAGCCAAAAAUGUGUUAAUUGCUAUUAAGGCAGUCUUCCUUUCUCAAGACACAGAAAAUCAAGACCAAGAAAUAAAAAAAGAUGCAGGAGAUGUGUUCAUUACCACGCUAACAGAAUUGCUAUUUGAACUACACGUCGCUGCUACGCCUGACAAACUUAACAAGGCCAGAAAGAAGGCCUUAGAAGCAGCAAGUCUCUCCACAUAUGGAGACCUGGAAGAGAACCCACCAGGCCAAACUAAAGAAGUGGAUGAAGAAAUUGUAGAAAUGCAAGUCACCGAAGAAAAAUCUCAGGUGGGAGAAUCUGAAAAGACAGAAACAAAAAGAACCAAAACUGUAGAGGAACUCUACAUGUUGUCCAUUGAAAGCCUGGCCGAAGUAACAGCCCGUUGCAUUGAACAACUUCAUAAAUUAGCAGAAUUAAUUCUCCAUGGACAAGAAAUUGAAAAGCCUGCCUUGGAUCAAGCUCGAGGUCUAACAAAUUUAACGAAUACGAUGUGUAACGAAGUGUCAUCCCUAUCAAAACAAUUCUCUGAUGUUUUGACUUUGGUGGCGAGCGACAAAAAAGCUGAAAUCCUUAACCCAAUGGUUAAUAGUGUGCUGUCAGAGGGUUGCAACAGCACCGGAUAUAUUCAAGACGCUUUCCAGUUGCUGCUUCCGGUUCUUCAGAUCUCACAUAUCCAAAUCCAUUGUUUGAAAACACAGCAGGGACCGCCUCUCAACUAGCCGUCAAUUUAAUUUCUGAGGGGUACAAAUAUCAAUAUCCAAAUGCAGCGUAAGCCAUUCAGGAGCCUUUCAAAGGACACUAAAUGCUACGUUUGCACAGAAAGUUCUAGAACAGUGGUUCUCAACCUUUUUAAUGUCGCGACCCCCAACCGGUCGGAAGUCGA